CAGCAUUGUUCAAUUUUGGGUUAUAUACAGGGCUUGGAUUGAAUGAAGAGGUUCGACCCAACAUGGAUUCGAAGACAAAGUUCAGUGAUGUCAAGGGAGUUGACGAAGCUAAAGCUGAACUUGAGGAAAUUGUUCACUACCUACGAGAUCCUAAGGCCGCACUUGAAGAAAUCUUAUAUCAGUUUGAGGAAAAACUCCAAGCUGAAAGAGAGGAAGCUGCUAGGAAGCAGGAAGAGUUGCAAGCACAACUACAAGCUCAACAGGCGGCACUUGAAGAAAACCAAAGUUUGCUGCGCCAGGCCCAAGAGGAAGUGAAGGGGAUGCAUACCAAGUUUGAAGAGACCAAUGCACUGCUACGAGCUGUCCUGAAACUUCAGAAAGAUUGAGGUAGGGAUGCAUACCAAGUCUGAGGAUGACGCCUUUGCUUAAGGUUUUUCUACCUUGCUAGAACAUAUCUGUGGUUAGAACUUUGUCAGAACUAUGUGCAAUCUGUUUGAAUGCUUCAAACCUUUGUGGUGGAACCUUUGUAUGUUUGAACCUCUGUUGUGGAAGAACUAGUGUGCUGGAAUUGUGUAUGACUUGUGAUGAGAAUGUUGUGUAUGAUGGCUUUUCUGUGUAUUAUGA